AUGACUGAAUUUCAUUGGCUAGGGCAUAAAUUUCCAAUAUCAAAUGCCAAAACUCGUGUUUCCAUUUUGAAAGCUAUAGGUGCUGUAUUAGGGCAACGUACCGUUGAACGCAACCAAUGUUUGUUAGUAUUGCAAAGAGUAAAAGAUAAAUUAGAUUACACAUGUCAAAGAGUCUCAAUAUUGAUAACUGUUAUGUAUGGUCUGUCAACACUUUACCACCCAUUUUUUUAA